CUUAAAGAAUGCAGUAUUAUUUAUAAGAACAUCAAGGAGUGUUUUCGACUAAUGAAUUCGAUAUUUGCUCUAUUGUUCACUGUGAUGCUGGCUACAGUAACCAUAUAUUUCGUUAUUGUUGUGUACGGCAUAACCUUCACUGGUGUCAAGCUACGUCCGUCAGUAUCCAUCGUCGUGCUAACGUGUAUGAAGUUCACAUACUACUUCGUCCCGCUCUACCAGCUGUCGAGUAUGGCGCAGGCGACGGAGAACAGCGUCGACAGCCUGCGACGGCACAUCGCACACCGUCUCAUCACGUUGCCGCUUGAUGACGUGAACCUCAAGUCCACCCGUCGCUUCCUGCAGCUGGUCCAGCCCGUCAAGAUCCAGGCGUCGGGCUCCAUCAACAUCGACAUGGCACUCAUACCUAAGAUCAUCAUGUUCUUCACCACCUACACCGUCACCGCGCUGCAGUUUAACAACGUUAUAUAG